AACAAUCUGUGUUGAUAUUCCAAAUACUGUAUGUCCAAUUAUCAUCUGAUCAAGGCAUUGUUGCAGCACUCUAUGUUAAGCAUAUUAAUUAAGAAGUCAUCUGUCGUCUUGGCAGCUUGUCGAUCAUCAUCCUUCAGUUCAACACACUUCAAUCUUCCCUUUCACAGAUAUUACACACAAGUUCAUCCUAGUAUAUCUAGUCCCUUCAACAAGCUAUCAUCAUGAAGUUCACGGUCGCCUUCCUUUUUGCCGGUGCUCUGGCUGCCCCCGUCCAGACCAUUCCUUCGAGAGAGAUAGCUGCUGUCCCUCGAGCAGAAGCGAAUGUCAUUCCUCGCGCAGAGGCAGCUGUGAUAUCUCGCGCAGAGCGUGACGCUAUUCCUCGCGUCGAGGGCAAUGUUGUAGCUCGUGCAGAGAAACAGGCCAUUCCUCGAGCGGAAGCGGCUGUGAUAGCUCGUGCAGAGAAACAAGCCAUUCCUCGAGCAGAAGCGGCUGUGAUAGCUCGUGCAGAGAAACAAGCCAUUCCUCGAGCAGAAGCAGCUGUGAUACCUCGCGCAGAAAAACAAGCCAUCCCCCGCGUAGAGGGAACUAUUGUCGCUCGCGCAGAGCGUGAUGCUAUUCCUCGCGAAGAGGGUACAGUUGUGGCACGUGCCGAAAAAGAAGCCAUCCCUCGCGAAGACGGUGCUGUUGUAGCCCGCGCAGAGAAAGACGCUAUCCCUCGUGCCAUUGUAGCUCGUGCUGAAAGAGAUGCUAUCCCUCGCGAGGAUGGUGCUGUUGUGGCCCGCGCGGAAAAGGAAGCCAUCCCACGCCUUGAGGGAACUGUUGUCGCCCGCGCAGAGCGUGAUGCUAUUCCUCGCGAAGAAGGCGCUGUUGUAGCUCGUGCCGAAAAAGAAGCCAUCCCACGCGUUGACGGAGCUGUUGUAGCUCGUGCUGAAAAAGAGGCUAUCCCUCGUGCUAUCGUGGCUCGCGCAGAGCGUGACGCUAUUCCUCGCGGAGAGGGAGUUGUUGUGGCGCGUGCAGAGAAAGAGGCUAUUCCCCGUGUGGAUGGUGCUGUGGUAGCACGGGCAGAGAAAGACGCCAUUCCUCGCGCAGAGGCUACUGCUUAGGUGGUGGUCGAGAUACCUCGUAUUUCACGAGACGAAGAAGAAGGCGCUCAGACAAUACCCUCAAAUUUCCCAGAUCGGUUACGUGGAUGGUGCUUCAUCUAAAUCCGAGUUAUUUCAUUCAUCAACUACGACGGUAUCCUGGGACACUUCU